UGGAGAGCAAUGGCGGGCGGAGAAAGCUCCCACGCGGUCCGGAGCACUGCAUUGCUGAAGGACGAGGUGGACAUUGUGAUCCCGACGAUCCGGAGCCUGGACUUCCUCGAGGGGUGGCGCCCCUUCUUCCAGCCCUACCACCUCAUCAUCAUCCAGGACGGAGACCCCUCCAGGACCAUCAGUGUCCCCGACGGCUUCGACUACGAGUUCUACAACCGCAACGACAUCAACCGCAUCCUCGGCCCCAAGGCCAGCUGCAUCUCCUUCAAGGACUCCUCCUGCCGCUCCUUCGGCUUCCUCAUCUCCAAGAAGAAGUACAUCUUCACCAUCGACGACGACUGCUUCGUUGCCAAGGAUCCAUCUGGCAAAGAGAUCAAUGCACUUGAGCAGCAUAUAAAGAAUCUCCUUAGCCCUUCGACUCCUUUCUUCUUUAAUACUUUGUAUGAUCCUUACCGCGAAGGUGCAGACUUUGUUCGUGGAUAUCCUUUCAGUCUCCGUGAAGGCGUUCAAACUGCUGUCUCUCAUGGCCUUUGGCUCAACAUUCCGGACUAUGAUGCACCCACUCAGCUUGUCAAGCCUCGUGAGAGAAAUACCAGGUACGUGGAUGCAGUUCUUACAAUUCCAAAGGGAACCUUGUUUCCGAUGUGCGGGAUGAAUCUGGCAUUCAACCGUGAACUGAUUGGCCCUGCAAUUUACUUUGGACUUAUGGGUGAUGGCCAGCCUAUUAGUCGUUAUGAUGAUAUGUGGGCAGGAUGGUGUGUUAAGGUGGUCUGUGAUCAUUUGGGAUUGGGAGUCAAGACUGGCCUGCCUUACUUAUGGCAUAGCAAGGCAAGCAACCCUUUUGAGAACCUAAAAAAGGAGUACAAAGGUCUCUUCUGGCAGGAAGAACUAAUCCCUUUUUUCCAAUCCACAACGUUUCCGAAGGAGUGCACCACUGCUCGGGAAUGCUACAUUGAGCUCUCCAAGCAGGUUAGGGCAAGGCUUGUGAAGCUAGACCCGUACUUCAACAAGCUAGCAGAUGCCAUGGUGACAUGGAUUGAGGCCUGGGAUGAAUAUAACCCUACUGGAGAGGUGGGUUCUGCUGCUGCUGACGUCUCCGGUGGCCCGGCCAAGGGGAAAUAGAUUAUCAUUUAUAUUCCUUUUCUUUCGGUUUUGUCAGACUUUAGCCUACUGUAGAUGAACUCUAAUAUUUCCUCCACCAUUCUCAAAAUGUCAUUGCAGAGGCUUAAAAUAUGCAUUUAGUGGUUGGGUUAAUGCAGUGUUUUCAUUUCUCGAGAUGACAGUAAGACAUCAUUUCAUAUGAUAGCUCGUUAUAGGGUGUCAUGAAUCUUGUGUUCUUGACGCAACCCUUCUUU